AUGACCUUCGAAACCAAAGCUACAAUCGCCAGCUUCGGCGGUAAGCUGCUGAAGCUUCAACACGACAGCAAAUCCACUGGCACUCCCAUGGCCCUAAACCUCUACCUUCCACCUCAAACCAACACCACCAAAGUCCCUGUCCUAAUCUACCUUUCUGGACUCACCUGCACGGGCGACAACUGCGCAGAAAAGGGCUUCCUCCAACGCCACGCCGCGCAGCACGGAAUCGCGAUCGUGUACCCCGAUACCUCACCCCGCGGGGCCUCUAUCGCUGGUGAAGAUGACAGCUGGGACUUUGGUACCGGCGCCGGGUUCUACGUGGAUGCCACCAACGGCCCGUGGGAGAAGAACUACAAGAUGUACUCGUACAUCACCUCGGAGCUUCCGUCAACACUCUUCCCCGCGUACAAGGACCAGCUGGACUCCUCGCGCGUGUCGAUCACCGGACACUCCAUGGGCGGCCAUGGUGCAUUGACGCUGUUCCUCAAGAACCCCGGAAUGUACAAGAGUGUGUCCGCAUUCGCGCCCAUAUCGAACCCUAUCAACUGCCCGUGGGGACAGAAGGCGUUUGCCGGAUACCUGGGCGAGGAUAAGGAGGCGUGGAAGGCGCACGAUGCGACGGAGCUCCUCAAGGAGUGGAAGGGCAAGGGUUUCAAGGCGCUGAUCGAUGUCGGCACUGGAGACAACUUCUACAAGCAGGGACAGUUGCUGCCAGAGAACUUUGAGAAGGCGGCGAAGGAGGCGGGUGCCGAGGUCGAGGUUCGAUAUCAGCCUGAUUACGAUCACAGCUACUUCUUCAUCUCCACCUUUGGUGAGGACCAUGUGGCCUACCAUGCGAAGUUUUUAAAAAACUAG